AUGGCACAACAAGGAAGCGGCAAUUCCUCCUCUGACGACGACAACCAAGGCAACACAAUGAUGACAACGAUGCAAAAGCCGGAUGCCUCCGGAAAUCAAGGUUUCUCACCCCAUGUCAAGAUGACAGCUGCACUUCAUAUACUCGCUUACAGAUAUCCUGCAGAUGCAAUUGACGAGUAUCUAAAAAUAGCAGCGAUCACAUCUUCAGAUACUUUGAAGCAUUUUUGCCGUGUUGUCAAUGCAGUGUAUGGAGAGGAGUAUCUUCGACGACCUAACAAUGCAUACAUGGUUAGACUACUUAAAAAAGCAGAGCAACGUGGAUUUCCUGGAAUGCUAGGAAGUGUGGAUUGUAUGCAUUGGGAAUGGAAAAAUUGUCCCACCGCUUGGGCUGGUACAUAUUCUGGGCGCCAUGGCAAACCUACAAUAAUACUUGAAGCCGUAGCACCAUAUGAUACUUGGAUUUGUCAUUCGUACUUUGGUCCACCAGGUGCGUGUAAUGAUCUUAAUGUAUUAUAUAGCUCACCUAUUUUCAAUGAUGUUGUCGAAGGUUUAGCCACAAAUUCGAUUUACUAUAAAUGGUAG